UUGACAAUGAGGAAGUGUUCCGAGGAAGACUAGAGACUUGUUUGUGAGUUGGACCGCCCCCGGCCAGUCACCUGAAACUGGUGCCGGCUGCCAAAACAGGAUGCACUUCAUCUUCUUCUAGGAAUAGAUGUCCGGCUCAUGUCAACAGAUUGUUGUUGUUGUUGUUGAGGAGAAACUAGCGUUCCGGCCAACCAAGGCCAACUAGUUAUGGCCACUGUUAAAAAGGACAACAGGCUGACGAGUUGUCAAAGCUUCCUGUGUGCCGGUUUCGCUGGCUUGUUUAGUAAAAGCGCCACGUCUCCUUUGGAAGUGGUGAAAAUUAAAAGCCAGGUGGGUACUUUUCACUGUAAGGAGGGCUUUUGGCAAAGUUUCCCCCUCAUCUACCACAAUGAGGGACUUAAGGGAUUCUGGAAGGGAAACCUCGCCUCCUGUCUGCGAUUGUUCCCGUACACUGCAAUCCAUCUGGCAACAUACAGAAAGAUAGUCCACAUUCACAUGGAUGAAUUGGGCUUCAUCUCCCAGGCGAGGGCCAUCUUGGCAGGGGGCCUCGCUGGCGUGGCGGCCGCCUUGCUCACGUACCCUCUGGAAGUAGCCGAGACCAGGCUGAUCGUGCAGCACUGCAGGGAGCCCACAUACGUUGGCGUUGUGCACGUCAUGUCCAAGAUCCAACACUCAGAAGGGCUGCUGGCUCUCUACAGGGGCUUCUCGCUCACCGUUUUGGGUGCGUUCCCCUUCUCUCUGGGAUGCUACGUGGUUUACAUGAACGUGGACAAGCUGUGGCAGGAGCCCCCGUUCCGCUUCUCCCCUCUGCAGAACUUCAUCAACGGCUGUUUUGCCGCAGGAGUGGCUCAAACUCUUUCCUAUCCUUUUGAAACUGUCAAACGCAAGAUGCAAGCCCAGAGUUCCCGUCUCCCCCAUUUUGGUGGCGUUGAUGUGCAUUUCAGCGGCGUCACCGACUGCUUCGUACAGGUGGUGAGAAAUAAGGGCGUCCUCUCGCUGUGGAGCGGCCUCGGUGCCAGCACCAUUAAGAUCGUCCCCUACUUCGGCCUCCUCUUCACCUGCUUCGAAACGUGCAAGCGGGUGUGCCUCUACCGCAACGGGUACAUCGUGUCGCCCCUCAGCUACAAGCCGGCGCCGGGCGUGGACCAAAGCCUGCGUCCCGCCGAGCUGCAGGAAGUCAAGCGCUACCUGAGGAACAGGAAGUUCGGCGCGGCGGGGCAGACCACCUUGGGGAACCGCUGGUGAAAACACUCACGCUAAUAAAAGACACUCCAUUAGGUACACGUGACAACCCCCCCCAUCAUCAUCAUCAUCAUGCUCACUUUGAAAAGUAUUAUUUAUUACUCUUUGCUACUCAAAUGAACUCAAUUAUACUACACAUGCAGUAUCCCGAGUAUUUAUAAUAUCUGCUGUACUUUUAAAAGUGUAGUUUGUGUACCUGGAGGUAUGCAGGACUGGACCUAAUCAAACAUCAUGACAUGACUACUACCAGGAGAACCAGAGUACAGAGGGGGAGGAGCCGCCUGCUGUGGCCCAGCAAGGUGCACUGUAUUCGGGCACACGCUCCAAGCAGCCAGUGGGACACCAUGGAGGUCUCUGGGAAACCUUUUUUCACUUUUCUGGCGUUUCAAGUAGCUGAUAUGGUUUUUAGUGUGCUUCUUUGAAAUAUUUUAUACAGUAGUUUUUUUUUGAGUACCUCAUGAUGUCGUAUUGAGGGACAGUACUCCACAGUACUCCGCAGUAAACGCAAACAUUACAUUGUAUGUUUUGUAUUCCAUGUUUCUACCUCUAAACAUUGGACUUCCUGCAGUGUUUUGACUUGUGCAGGAAGUAAUAACACCAGUGCCAUUCAAACACAAAGCCCCGCCCACUUUGGAGUACAGUAAUCCCUCGCGAUAUCGCGGCUUCUCAAAUAUAAUUGUUUACAUAUGGCGUCUGUUUCGUGGUUAUUAGUCAAAACAUUUUGUUAUACUUUGUUGUACUCCUACUUUGUUUAUAACACUUAUGUUUAACGUUAGUAACUUUCGAAGGCUAACGAGGUAGCGCGCUAGUUUGCUAGGCUAGCUGUGUAACCGUGCGGCUGUAAAAUGACCAUCGGUGUGUUAUUUAAUAUCUCUGGGGCGCUAAUAAUGUUAGAAGCCGUAUUUAGAAAGUCACAAACAAAUAUUUUUUGCUCUCACCGUGAAAAAAAUCGAUUUAUUGAUAUUGAGUCAUAUAACUCGGAAUUUCAUUGAAUGGAUAAAAGGUGACGGUACGAUUUCGUUUCUUUUGUCGUCUUUUCCUCACUGCCUUUGAAACACUUUCUUAGCUUUAGAAUGCAAAUUGGCAAGUCGAAUUAGCUAGCUAGCUUGCUAACUAUAGCUCGCUAGCUUGCUAUGCUAUCGCGUAUGUUGGUGAUUCCGUCGUUAAAGAGUAGUAGAAUUGUUGGGGUGUCAUGUCGUCAGGGCUCUAAUAAUAUUUUAGAAAGCUAUUUAGCUAGCUUUGUAUGCUACAACUCCCCAAAUCUUCUAUUUAUUCCAUUUAUUGAUACGAAUAUGAUAAGUAAAUGAUAAGUAUAUGAUAAGAAUAUGACCGGCGGGUCUCCAACCAAUCAACCGCAAUAAACGAGGGAUUACUGUCGUGGGUGAUUAGCAUGGUAACAAUGUGUGCUAUGUGCCUUGAAAGUUAUUUAUUCCGGUGCCUUAGUCAGUUAUGACAUAAAGCAGAUCAUAACAUGCUGAUUAUUGCUGUCAAUGAAUGAAUAUUUAUUCAUAAACAUCGUGUUGUUUGGGGAAGGAUUUGUGUUACCUUCAUUUCAGGGUCAUACCAUCUCACAGCAACCUAAAAGGUAAUGUACCCCCCCCCCCCCCCGCCCCCCGCCCCCCUUAAAGUGUGUCAGCGGUCAGCUGAUUGACACGUGGUUUGCCACCCGCUCCGCUUGGAGUGACAGCCAAAGGAGCGAAACAGCUGGGCUGACCUUUAUCCGCCAUAGCGGAGGACCCGGCCUCCGCCUCAGCUGCUUCGGCUGACCUCCCGACACGACCUUGAGACGUUUCUCACCAUAAAAAUAUUUUUUUUAUUUUUAUUUUAUUUAUUAUCGCUGUUCAUCAAUAAAUGAAAAGACUUUGCAGAGGUUAGUCGUCGAAGUUAAGGAUGUCGGAAGAAUUCAUCCAAGUGGACGAUCUGACUUCUCCAAUCAAAAUAUUGAUAUUUCCGUCAUUUCAGGUCAUGUUUGUUUGUUUAAAUAAAGUUUUCAGCCUUCUAUGCUUUUUAAUAAUCA